AUGGUGUUUUACGCCGUCUACAUCACUCUUAUACGCAAGAAGCUUCCUGAUGAUGAUGAAAGAAGCGGCUGGUUCAGUAUGGCUCAGCUUCUUGGGUUUCUAGGGCUCUUCAACUUUUUUAUCUUCUUGCCUGCUGCUCUGAUACUAAACUUUACAAAGCGAGAACGCUUCAACGCACUAACCUUGAAACAGUUAAGUCUGGUGGUUGGCAAAGGUUUAUUAGAUAAUGUACUCAGUGACUACCUAUGGGCAAAGGCUGUACUUUUGACAACAACCACAGUGGCAUCGGCUGGGCUGACUAUACAGGUUCUAUUGGCGGCCAUUGUAGACAGCUUAUCAGGGAACAAACCAAGCUUCACCGACUUCAUUGGUGCUGCAGCUGUAAUGGUUGGCUUUGCAGGAAUCAAUAUUCCUGCAGAGGUGUUUCACAGAUCCAAAGAGACAUCUAUUGAGUUAGAGCCUGUAACAUCGUUCACAGAUCCUCCUCAGAUUGUGUCGGAUAGCAUAAGAGUAGAUUCUUCAGAGACCCAAGUGUCCUAA